AUGGCGAGUAAUGAAAGAGGCUAUUCAAUCCAAGAAACCUUGGCAACGAUCAGUGAUUUAAUUCACUAUAAAAAGACUACAAUAGAAAAACUCAAUAACAGCUCUUAUUCUUGUUUCCGUCACAUCAUUAUUUUCAAAGACAACAUCGACGAGUCAGGGAUUCAUCAAAAACUCGAAGCAAUUGACCUAGAUCUUAAAAAAUUUAUAUCUGAAAUGAAAAGCAGAGUCCCUGAAGCCCUCAAAAUGCUGAAUUUAUCAAAAGACAUGUCAAAGGCAACUAAAAGCCAGCAAAAAGCAGAAAUAAAAAGCACUGAUGGAAUUAAUGAAAUUUUGGGGAUUUUGGAAUCAAUUGCAUUGGAAUUGCAAAGAGAAGAAACGACUGACCCACUUAAAGAGUCAUUGCUUAAGCAAGAAAUGAGCCAAGUUGCAGAUGAGCUUAGAGGGACUGGAAAAGAGCUUAAAGGCCUGAUAAAUUUCUGUAAGUUUUUAUGCAGUAAAUGGACCUCCUGAGCCUGAAGUUGAAGAGGUUUAUACGCUUGGAGGGCAUAGUGUAGCAGUUGCGCUGUCAGUUUUUAUUUCGUUUGUAUUAAGUCUUAAUUUUUCACUACUUACAGUCGAAGGGAAAACUUAUUUGGACUAUUUUGGGAAUUCAAAUGCCAGCUAUGUAUUUGGGCCUCUUUUGCCUGCUUUUGGAAUUCCUGCAUAUGUGAUUAUGCAUUUUUCAGCGAGAGCGAAUUUAAGAAAAUGCUUGCUAUUCUCUAUGCUUUUUUCGAUUGCUGGGAACGUACUUUAUUUUAUAGCUCGUGAUGUUGACAUUUUUGCGUUUUUUAUUAUUGGGAGAGCUGUUAUGGGUAUUGGAUUGCCUGGGCUUGCAUUAAAGCAGUUUAUUGGGUUUCAUGUAAAGCCAGAUGAGAGAGCUAGAGUUUCAGUUAUGUAUACAACAGCGUCAUUUAUUGGACUUAGCUGUGGCUAUUUCUUACUCGCCAUUUAUAUGUAAAUUUUUUAUUUUAUAAGAAAUUAAAUGCUUUAUUUUUUAUAAUAAAAUAAUAAUUUAUAUGUGCCUAAAUCAAAAAACUACUUAUAAAUUGUUCUAUUUUACGAGACUGCUUGUAGAAUAUAUAUAAAUUGUUGUUCCCAAUUUAAGGGAAAGGAGCUAGGAUUUGCAUUUGAAGAUUCAUCUAGCGAGGUAUUAGGAUAUGAAUUAUCAGGAGUUACUAUGGGAGGCUUCUUUUUAGGUAUUACCUGGAUUUUGACAUUUUUAUUAUCAGGGACAUUAUUUUUGAAUCCAGAUAAAACGUAUCCUUCUGAUGAUUCAAAUAAAACUUCUAUUAAAGGACUUUUGGUGUUUUCUUUUCUAUUGCCUUCACUGCUGAGAGAAGGGUUCUUAAGCCCUGGCUCAAUUCCUUCUGAGUUAAAUUGGUCUGAUGGGGCAAUUUAUGCCUAUAUUGGAGUUUUUUCUUUAAUGAUGGCUCCAGUAAGUGUUUUGGUAUAUGCAGCUGCUCAUAUUACUGAAGAAAAAAUUUUAUUGGCCUUUUCUAAAGCCUUUUCUUUGGUUGGCUGCUCAUUUAUUUUGCUAGGCCAAGAUGCUCCAUUUUGGUUUGUAAUUGGUUCAAUUCUUUUGCUAGUUGGAGUAAAUGUCGGAGCAGGAAUUGGUUUUUCUUUAUUAUCGAAAAGUAUUCGAAAUGACCUGAUUGGGAUGAUCGGAAGCGUUAUUGAGCUUGCUGGAUGGGUAAUAGGCUACUCGAUGGGGUAUUAUGGAGGAUUUAUUGCUCACUCCCUCUUCCUACAAAAACCAUUGAAAAAACCUUAUUUUUUAACCAAAACAACAAAUUUUAAUAAAAAAAUUGAUAUAUAAGUGGUUAUGAAAUCUCUAGUUAACUCUGUCAAAUCUGAAACAGCUUUCAUUAAAAUAUAAUUUUUUACAAAUUAAUUUACUUUUUGCUUUCCGUAAAAAAAAUUUUAUAUAUAAAAAUUAAAAAAGUUAACCCCCUUCGUGAGCAGCAAAUUUUUUUAUUCACAAAAAGGGGAGUCAGCUUGUCUUACUUUUCUUAUUGGCUGCUUCUUUAAUCGGCGAUAUUGUAAAGUUCAAGAACUUGGACCAUACUAAAGUAAAGCAUAAAAAAGAUAAAAAAGAUAAGAAAGACAAGAAAGAUAAGAAAGGAGCUUAA